UUCUGGUCGAACCGCAUACACUAUUCCAUUUUCAAUCUUGGUCCAAACUACUUAGUAGCAACCACUCGUAACAUGCUAUUGCUAAUUGAGCUGGAGGGAAGCAAGUUCGAGUCGAAUAAUAAACGAAUGAGUCACCUCUGUGCCUAAGUGAAAAAACCCGCAUCAGCCAAUCAUCACCUAAAUGGCUGGGAAAUCUCUAUCGUCGCUUCUCUGUCCCUUUGCCUUCCCAUUCCUGUGCUAUCUCGGCCUUCAAUCUUCAAUUAUCUGCCGGAGUUUUUUUUUUUUUACACGAACCGGCUGGUGUUACGGGGAAAAUAUGUACAAGUCCUCCCUUCAGAUCUUCUGCCAACGGAAAAAGUGGCUGCUCCCGGUUUACUCCGCCACCAAAGAUGGCCCCGACCACCGUCCGCACUUCUUCGCCACCGUCACCGUCAACGGAACGUCUUUUGCAUCGGAAGUCGCGGCCAAUUCCGCAAAGGAGGCACAAAAUGAGGCCGCCAGAGUGGCGUUGGUACAACUCGGUUCCGCCGACGCUUCUCCGUCGCCAGGUGCCUUGGAUUCAAGCCAUGGAGCUGUUUCUGGUGAGGGAUCACAAGCUAUCGAUGAAAUUCCACAGGCAAGCGGAUUUCCUGCAGCUGGUAAACCGCCAGAGACCGUCAUAGAUAUGCAGCAUUUGUGCAAAACUCAGUUGCAAAUCUAUGCUCAGAAGAGAAGUCUUCCGUUGCCAGUGUAUGCUCAUGAGCGGGAUGGUCCUUGCCAUGCUUGUAGGUUCAAGUCUACUGUCGCUAUUGAGGGAAAAACCUACUCGAGCGAGCGAUUCUUCCCUACAUUGAAAGAUGCUGAAAAUUCAGCAGCAAAGGCUGCAUUGACGUCAUUGUUGCCUACUGGUAGUGGAGAGGAGGAAAUCAGUUACAAGAACCUGCUGCAAGAAUUGGCUCAGAAGAAGUGUUUUCUUCUUCCCGUUUAUGUCACAACAAGAGCUGGUGAUGUUCACGCAUCUACUUUUGUUUCGACAGUGGAGGUAAAUCAGCAGGUUUUUACUGGAAUAGAAGCAAGAACUAAGAAACUGGCAGAGAUGAGUGCGGCAAAGGUUGCUUAUACAAAUCUUAAAGAGUGCAAUUCGUGUGAAAGUGCCGCAGGCCCUGUUGAUGUUAGCCAAGAGCAAGAACUUGGCUUGCCAACUCCAAAAGUUGACUUUGGCAUACUGGCUCAUCUAAAUCAGAAUUUUCAGCCUAAACUUCACCCUGUUGCUGCUAGCAAAGGACAAGAACUUGUUUCGUCAUCUCCUCAGGUUGAGUUGUGUCACCUCAAUCAUUCUAAUAAGAAUAUCCCGCCUGAACUUCUUGUUCCAAGCGAAAAGCUGGACCCUACAAGUGCUGCUGAUUCUUCCACCAUCAAUCCUGGUUCUUUUAGCGGCAAAACAAUUGGAAAACUUCCAUCUCCACCUCUGGUCAGCCCAUCAUCCGUAUCCAAUCUCAAGGAGAAAAUUGCAGAUACCGAUACUGCAAUUGCAGGUACCGAGCCCUCAGUUAUACACCCCGGUGCGGACAGAACCGAAGUGGUUGGAAAUCCUCCUGCUUCACAUCCACCAGCCUCUCCAUCUUUCACUCUAGUUACCCAUUCUGGUGGUGCUGUGGCUUCUGAUUCAAGCAUCCAACAUCAGAAUGGUCCGACCCCUAGACUCCCGUCAACGUCUCACAUUCCUUCAACUAUGCCUGCAAAUGGCGAAUCGUGUUCAGGUAUCAGUGGUCUUAUCAGGUCCAACAUCGGACUCCCGAAUCGGAUUGUCAUUCAUCCACGCAACAUUAGCCCCACUUAUCCUACAGGCAGCACCGUGCUACCGGUCAACGAUACCAAUUGGGUUGCUGUGAGCAGCCCUCCUCAAUCAACCAUGUGAAAAGCAUGGAUCCUUAUGAAGAAUGGCUUGGUUUGGCUAGUGUUCUGAGGCUGCUCGUGUAGGAUUUGUAAAAUCUUUUAAUAUUUUGUGACCCUUAAUGUGGUUGAUAAUAGAGGUUCGUUUGUAAACAAGUAGUGUUACUUUCAUAAUGUUCAUGCUAAUGCUGUAGUAUUUUGGUCGCCAAAUUAAACAUCACAAGUGGGUAUCUCGAAUGUGAUAGUCGUGUCAGACUCCACGGUAGGAUUUAUGUUGUAAUCUAAGUGUAGGGAUCUAUUUUGGAAUCGAUGUUUCUUAUAAAAUGUGUUUAUCUUU